CAUGACGAAAGCGAAACUUACGUUGUGCCUGUGUUUGAGUAAACAGCAAAACACUUCUCAAAUCUUCUUCAACAAACAGAAAAAUGGCAUCGGUGCCCUCUCUUGUGUUGGAGGAGCAGUUGCUGUGCCCCAUCUGUCUGGGGCUGUUUGUGCGGCCGGUGUCCACUCCCUGUGGACAUAACUUCUGCAUGACGUGUCUGUCAUCGUACUGGGACCAGAGCCCGGUGACUGUGUGCCCGGUGUGUAAGGAGAGCUACAGCCAGCGCCCACAACUCAGAGUCAACACCUUCAUCUCAGGUCUGACCCAGAGCUUCUCCAGUCUGCAGCUGACAGAGGAGCCUCAGACACAGGAGCUCCAGACUGGAGUCCUGUGUGACGUGUGCACAGCCCCACAGCAGGGGGCGCUGAAGUCCUGUGUGGAGUGUCUGACCUCGUUCUGCUCCCUUCACCUGGAGCCUCACCACAGGGCCCCGGGGCUGCGCAGACACACACUGGUCUCUCCUGAUGCAGGUCUGCAGAGCAGAGUGUGUCCUGAGCAUCAGCAGCUGCUGCAGUCAUACUGCUCUGAGGAGAAGGUCCUGAUGUGUGCGAGCUGUGAGGGUGCACACCACAAACACAGGACCCUCCCUCUGAAGACCGCCUACAGAGAGAUGAGGUCUGAGCUGGACUCCACUGAGGCUGAAAUCACUGUUAUGAUCCUGGAGAAGGUCCAGAGAGUCCGCUCCAUCAGAGAGGCUGCAGCCCAAAGACAAGAGGAGACCAGGCAGGAGAUUGCUCACAGCGAGAGGGUCCUCCAGGAGCUUCUGUCCAACAUUCAGAGAAGCCACAAAGAGCUGGUCCUAAAGUUGGAGAAGAAGCAACAACAGGCUGAUUCUGAGGCGGAGGCUCUCGCCCAAGAGAUAGAACUGAAGAUCUUAGAUCUGUGGGAGGCUCAAACUAAACUCCAAGAGCUCAAACAGACAGAAGACCCAGUCAAGUUCAUCCAGAACCUCCCACACAUGUCCCUGCAGCAGAGCAGAGCACAGCCCCCUCUGAGCCUCAGAGAGGAGAAGCUGAAGGAGAGGGAGACUUUGAAGAUCUGCACAUCUCGGCUCCAGGACUUUCUGAAGAAACUGGACAGAGAAAUCCGUUUGUUUUCAGAUGAAAAGUGGUUGGCUCUGAGACGUGUGCAACAAUUUGCCGUUGACUUAAAGCUGGACCCUGAAACUGCUCACCCCAAACUCCACCUGUCCCAGGAUCUGAAACAGGUCAGGUUCAACCCAAGAGGAAGACUGGCCCCUGAGUCAGACAACUCCAGGAGGUUCCUUGGUUCCUAUGAUAUUCUGACAGACAGAGGGUUCUCCUCUGGGAGAUUUUACUUUGAGGUGUUCGUGGGGCAGAAGGAUGAGUGGGUUCUAGGAGUGGCAAAAGAAUCAGUGCCAAAAGUUAAAAGCAUUCCCCGAAGAAAAGGCUGUGGGGUGUGGGCUCUGUAUUUUGAAGUUGAUGAGUUUACCCUCUUCAAUUGUCCUGAAGUGACGGUGCACAAUGGAAAAGUGGAGAGGGUUGGAGUGUUUGUGGACUAUGACAAAGGUCUGGUCUCAUUCUUUGACGUGAAGACAGCCACAUGUAUUCACUCAUUCACUCGAUGCGUCUUCAACUGAGAAGUUGUAUCCAUUUCUUGGUCCCUGUGAUGAUGAGUUUCCUUUUAACUUGGGUCCAAUGAUCCUUGUUCCAGUCGGUCAGGAAUAGAGCUGUGCAUUUUCUGCAAAGGUUACAUCCUUAUUUUAACCCCUGUAACAAUGAACUGGGACAUAAUCUCGGGGCAAUGGUGAUUCGUUCCUGUCAAUCAAAAGUGAAAAAAGAAGAAACUGACGAUGUAUUAUGAAAAAGUUUGUAUGUUUUUACUUGCUGCUAAACUGUAUUUUCUGUAAUACACAUUCAUACUUCGUAAUUUCUCCAUUGUGUAAUGAAUAAAGGUUCACUUAUGUUUCCUUGAGCUAAAACAA